AUGCCGGGGAGAUGGAUCUACGCCACAGACCCUCAAGACGUAGAGGAGUCCACUUUUGUGUUGCCAGCGGCCAGCGGCCUCACAUUCGAUGGGUUCUGGGAAGCCACAAUGGCGACUGCAGACGGCACCUGUGGAACAGUUGUCAUCAUUUCAGGCCAAAAUGUUUGGCACGAAGGCUCCCGCUUUGCCGGAUUGAAAGUUUUGAACGUGGAGACUUGCGUUCUGAUCAUGGACGACGAGGAUGUGCGAGGCUACCUCAGUGCAGAUUGUCAGGCAAUAGAGUGGGAGGAUGGCGACUGCUGGCAGAGAACCAGUCCUCCUGCAAGCGGCAUGGGCUGCAAGCAGCCGGCAACUGCAGAUGUUUUCUCUGAAGUGCCUGGCAAGGCGGGCACCAAGAAAGCAUGCGCAGAGGACGACAUCGUGACCGCGCUGACGCGCCGUGAUGCUGUAUCCUUGCUGGAGCUUUUGGAUGCUGGAGUGACACCAGAGGCCAAAAUCAAGGCCUCGCCUAUUUGGCAAGAUAUGCGUUGGACACCGGAGGGGCCUGACCAAACCAUGCCACUCCUGGUGGCCGCCAUCUUGCUACAGUGGUCAGAGGGGGUCCACAUUUGUGUUCAGAGGGGUGCUAACGUCAAUGGCACAUAUGUUCCAGCCUCAGCAUAG